CCUUUCUUUUCAUAUUCAGUCCCAUAACCCAAACUCUAAGUAAACUCCUCAACUACUCAUCAAUAUGACUUAUCAACCAUAGACUCUUCAUAAACAUUACAUUUUGCUUAUUUUUUGGACUCACCCUGAACACCCAUUUCGGUUUUUAGUCGAGAUUUUGGGCCGGGGGUUGGAAAAAUGAGGGUGUGCUUGUGGUUUUUUGUUGUGGUUAUUGUUUUCGGUUUUGGUGAUGGAAAAAAUGCUGAUCAAAGGCUACGCACAGAGAGGAUUUCAGGAAGUGCUGGGGAUGUGUUGGAAGAUAAUCCAGUGGGAAGAUUGAAAGUCUAUGUUUAUGAGCUUCCUAGUAAAUACAACAAGAAAUUACUGCAGAAGGACCCCAGAUGUCUCACUCAUAUGUUUGCUGCUGAAAUUUUCAUGCAUAGAUUUCUCUUAUCCAGCCCAGUCCGAACCCUUAAUCCAGAAGAAGCAGAUUGGUUUUAUACCCCUAUAUACCCCACUUGUGACCUCACACCUACUGGCUUGCCGUUGCCCUUCAAUUCUCCAAGGAUGAUGAGAAGUGCAAUACAGCUUCUCUCCUCCAAUUGGCCUUACUGGAAUCGUACAGAAGGGGCUGAUCACUUCUUUGUUGUGCCCCAUGACUUUGGAGCCUGCUUCCACUAUCAGGAAGAGAAAGCCAUUGAGCGGGGCAUUCUUCCACUACUCCGGCGUGCUACUUUAGUUCAAACUUUUGGGCAGCGAAACCAUGUGUGCUUGAAUGAGGGGUCAAUUACAAUUCCUCCGUAUGCUCCUCCUCAAAAGAUGCAGGCCCACCAGAUUCCCCUUGACACUCCGCGGUCAAUUUUUGUUUACUUCCGCGGAUUGUUUUAUGAUGUAAAUAAUGAUCCGGAAGGUGGUUAUUAUGCAAGAGGAGCAAGGGCUGCAGUUUGGGAGAAUUUCAAAAACAAUCCACUCUUUGACAUCUCCACCGAUCAUCCAACAACAUAUUAUGAAGACAUGCAACGAGCUAUAUUUUGCUUGUGCCCACUCGGUUGGGCCCCAUGGAGUCCUAGACUGGUCGAAGCAGUGGUAUUCGGAUGCAUUCCUGUAAUUAUAGCAGAUGAUAUUGUUUUACCAUUUGCCGAUGCUAUCCCAUGGGAGGAGAUUGGAGUGUUUGUAGCAGAGGAAGAUGUCCCUCACCUGGACACAUUCCUGACAUCUAUACCACCAGAAGUGAUUUUAAGGAAACAAAGGCUUCUUGCAAACCCUUCCAUGAAACGUGCAAUGUUAUUCCCACAACCUGCACAACCUGGUGAUGCUUUCCACCAAAUACUGAAUGGGUUGGCUCGUAAGUUGCCGCAUGACAGGACUGUCUACUUGAAACCUGGUCAGAAGGUUUUGAAUUGGACAGCAGGACCAGCUGGGGACCUGAAACCUUGGUAAGAGAAGUGUCUUUUUCUCAAAAGAGAUGGUUGUAGUGUAUCUGCUGUUUCAUCUAAUCCCGCGAGAGAAUCCAAGGAAUGUAAACUUCGCUUUGAAAUUUUGUAGAGAUAAUUCAAUUUUACAUGUACAUCUGGGACAUAGUUCGAUGCAUUAAAUAGCUUCAUAUUUUCCCGGACA